GUUUAAUUAAGGUUUAAUAAACGUUCGCAUAGAUAAGAAUUUCCUCACAUCCUUUUGCCUCCCGCAUCUGUCAAGAACAAACUGCACAAAAACAUGUUUCGCGGCGUUGUAAGGAACUUUUCUACUACAAUUAGGCGCAAUUCCGACGUCAUUCAAGAAUUGUAUCUUUCAACCUUGAAGGCAUACAAACCGAAACCCAUCACUUCAAUUGCCAUUACACCCAAAGAAUGGGUCCCCCCACCUGUUGCGAAAGCACCAAUAUACAGUAUGGACGCCUCUGCGUUGGCUGAUUACAAGUUUGAAGGAAUUGAUACAACUCCGGAAAAACUUAAAGAAAUUGUGGAGACACCUAGUGAGACUGAAUCCGACGGUCUAAAUCAACUUCGUUCCUUACGACUCUAAUGCUUUACGUACAAGCACUAUAAAGCGUUCCCCCCUGUCUUAUUCUUUUUUAUGAUUUUUUCCCCUACCGCUGCGGUUCAAAAAAUAUUAGUUACUUAAGUAAUAUCUUUUUUUUUUUUUUUUUUUUUUUUUUCGUUAUGAAUAAUUUGUAAACCAAUAUUUAUUACAAGUAAACGAUAAUACAGAGUAAAAAGGUGAUGAGUAUUUUCUUCCAACAGACAAUAUAAUUUCGUCAUUAAAAAGCCUAGUAUAGUUGUUUCAUACAUUUAAUUUGCU